CGAAUGCGACGAGAAAUCCUCAUGAUUUUUCCAAAAUGGCGACCAAAGUUGGUUGUUCGAAGAGUCGGCUGUGUGGGGGACAAAUCUCUUUCUUUGAUCUACCUUCCACCAGCCAUUUCUGAGUUUCUUCUUUCUCCUUCUGAACAUUGUAUUGGCUUUUAGCGUAUUCUUUGUUGGAAUCCAAGGCUGAUAGUAUGUUGUAGCACUUCUAUUUUCCCGUCGUCAAUAGGUGAACAAAAAACACUGAAGUCUGGACAGCAGCUCUUGGAUUCAAAGUCGCUCGAAUUUGUUCAUUGUUGCUGCGCUGUGGUUGAGGCUGUGCGAUCCACUCGGAUACGGGUCUAUCAAGGUUCCAGCUUCCUUUCUGACGUCUUGGAGUCUUUCCUUACGUACAACACCUGUACGCGUAAAGCUAGGAAUCAUCCUAGGAGCAGAGACUUGCUUCUGGGGAGCGUGUUUUGCUUCUCGUCACUUGGAUGUUUACUCCGCUGGUGCUGAAUAUGAUAAAAGCUCCAUUGGCUCCUGUUCAGCAGUCAUCCUCCACCUCGCCGGUCAUCAUGACGUCGGGCAGUAGAGUAACUCCUGCUUCGCCCCACGACCCAGUGUGCCAGAGUGUGGAGAAAUGCCCUUCGACUCCAUCAUCCCAACUGGAGAAUAAUUGUACGCCUGCAGUCAGCUCCAAGCCCGCCAUGAGUAUGUCGAAGGUGAGAGUACUGAGGAGAGAGGACUCAACUGGUCAGGUCAGCCCCUCCGGCAACACGAGCAUCAGCGAUGGGCCAAGACCAACCCCGGAGGCUGUCGGUGCACAGCCAGCAGCAGCAAUGUCCUCCCCUCGCUCAUCGCUGGAUGAUAGUGCAAAGAUUAAGCAGUCGUCGCCAACUGGCAAUGCGUCGGUGUCGGUUUUACCACCACUUCCGAUGACGGAUGCCGCCAACCCAUCUUUAGAUCUGCGCCAGUUUCUCAUUGAUACGCUCAACCAGGCAAAGGAUCGUUUGUUUCUGUUGCAAACAGAACAGUCCAUCCUUGGGCACCUGACAUCGAAGCAACACAUGGCACCGCUCAAGAUCUCCACGGCCACGUCAUACCAUCGCAUGCUGGUGCACCGCGUUGCUGCCUUCUUCGGCAUGGAUCACCUCACCAACCAUUCGGAGCCGGGCGUCAUCCUCCAGAAGACCGCCAAAACAAGACUGCCAGCCGAACGCUUCAAGGAGCUUAUUCAGAUGAAGAGUGGCAGUGGUGAGGGUGACGACAGCACGGCCAGUGCGGCGCCAACUGUCGGCAUUUCGCCUCGUGUUAUUCUCAAACGGCAGGACGCGCCCAAUGCAUCCGUUGGUGCCGGCAGCGGCUCUUCCUCGCCUACUGCUAACCAGUCGAACCAGAACGGUGAUGAGCGCAGGCCGAAAACAAUCGAAGAGCGCGAGGCCGAGUACGAGGAGCAUCGCAAGCGUAUCUUCAGCCAGCACCCUGCGAUAUCCACUGCCGGGGAGUCGUCAACUGGCAGCACGGCCGUGACCACUUCAUCAGGGUGUCGCGCUACGUCGUCCGCUAAUUUCGCAGCACGCGCUCCGAACACAGUGGUGCGCGCCUCCGUGCCAACGUCGGCGCCUCGCAACAAUUCCGAUCAAGUUGUGGAUGCUCUGGUUGACAUGGAUUAUGACCGCUCUCUGCCGCUUACCUCCUCCGACACGUCGCUGGCUGGUGUCCUCGGCGCCGUUGCUAGUGGAUCGGCCAACUCCGGAAAAGCACCUGGAAUGCGUUCGCAAGGGCUCGGUGAAGCUCUGCCCGUAGCUUCAUCAGUCGCCAUUUCUGGUCUCCCUGGGGGUGACAAUGUUUGGAAAGCUGCUGGUCCUGGUGUAUUGCAGACUGCCGACAAUGGCAUUGCUGCCUCAUCAGUCACGCCCACCAACUUGGUCCGACCGUCACUCAGCGACGGUUCUUCUCUGGAGUACGUGCGGCAUCGCUUUGACAAGCACGCCAUCUCGGAGCGUUGCGGCGGAGCUGUUCGUCACCAAGGCCAAAUGUCCUCACGUGGCGGUGGUGGCCUUGCUGCUUCCGCCAACGCAUCCGGCAAACCGCACAGCUUACUCUCGUUGCCUCAUCAAGGCCAUCAGCAGCAACGCUGGCAGGCCGGCAGUAGCAGCAACAACGCUGCUGUCGGUGGUCCACGCGGACUGAUGCCGCUUCCCGGCCACGCGGGUCUCACGUCUAGCUACAGUGCCCCUCAGCAAUUUGUGCCCUCCAUGGCAAGUGGCCAUAGUGGGGUGGCGGCGGCUACUUACGCUAACCCGGGUGCAAUGGGCAACGGCGGCUAUGCUACUCCUGUUGGCAUGGCUUCACCCACACCGUCUCACAACAGUGGCCGUGCUGGUCUCAACGCCACUUCUCAUUCAAACACUGGCGGAAAAGAUCAUUAUCAACGCGGCGGCGGAAAGAGCAAUCGUCGAGGCCAGAACCGCUCUAAUAACAGUGCUGGUGGUGGCAGCUCCAACAUGUCGAACAGCAGCAACGCCGGCACCGCCGGUGAUUACCACCGUGCAGUGUCACAGGCUUCCUCAUCCGCAUCCACGCCGUCUGCUGGCCAGGCAACAGCAGCAGCUCGUUUCCAGCCAGGUGGAAAUAGCCUUGCUAAUGCUGCCGCCAGUGCUGGCGGCCCCCUGGUUGGGGCCGCUGCCAGCAAUCUAGCAAUGGUGACGCCUGGUACACCUACGUACAUGCAGUAUCAGGGUGGUCUGGGUGGCGCUGGCGCUAGCGACUUCACUGGCAACCAGUACUACAUGGCCGACGCAGCAGCCACGUCCAAUGCUGCCGCCGCUGCUGCUGCUGCCGUGGCCGCCGCAGCUGCCGUCAACAACGCCGCCGGGCUCUCUAACGGCAUGGCACCCGGAAUGAUGGGCCUGACGCCGUCGCCUCCGUAUGCCCUGCAGCAAGCCUUCCUCCAGCAGCAGCAACAGCAGCAGCAGGCUGUCGCCAUGGUUGGCCUGGCGGCUGGAGCUGUUCCCGGCUACCCGGGCAUUGUACAAUAUCAUCAGCCUGUCAGAACACCGAUGAUGGACAUUGUCGUGUAUGAGGUCUGCGAGCAGCAGCCGCACGCCGAUGUUCUCAACGACCUGCGACGACGCAACGCACAGGUGCAUUUCGUCGACGACACCAUCUUCGCCAUCUGCACCCAAGAGGUGGGUCGCAAGAUCUGCACUGAGCUACAGUCCCCGCAGGCUCAGUACAAGCUGCGCUACGCCAGCAGCCAGAAGAUGCAAGUGCUGCUGCAGCGUCUGGCUGUGCAAGCUCAGGCAUCCAUGCCUGGUGCAGGUGGUGGUGCUGCUGCUGUCGGUGUAACUACUGCUGCUGGUGCUGGGGCGCCAACUGGUACUGCCGUUGGUGUUACUGGUGCAGCAGCUGGCAAUGGCACUGGCCCUAGCAGUAACUGACGCUCGCAUGCUUGAGUGCUGUGCCUUGUUGCAGGCGUAUGGUACACUUACUGGCAUGUAGUGCCACACCUGUACCUGUGUCCGCUGAUGCUGCUGCUGUUGGUGUUGGUGUGCUCCAUGCUGACAGUAGUAGCAGGGGUAGUGGAAGUCGUGUGUAUGCUACUGCUUGCUGCAGUGUCGUUCACCAAUCACAGCGAUCACUUGACUCUGUGAUUACAGUACUUGUGCCUAUGCUGCACAUGACACCAGCAACCUUCGCGACAAUGAUCAACUCCGACCCGUCAAGUGCAUGCGUACCUGCUUUUUCCCCCCCGCUAGACCUGACCAUUGUUAGUAGGAGUAAUGUCUGCUUGCUUCAUCACUUUGUGUUCUGAUUCUGCCAACAAACUGCUUUGCCUUGAAUUCUUGAUCUAGAUACGCCCUAGUAAUGAAUUUCCAUUUCGUGUUUGUAUUCUCUAUCUGCUCUCCAUCGUGUCGCUACUUUCUUGUCGCUUGCUGCUCUAACCUCGUUUCCGUCUAGUCAUCCCUGUGUGUGUGUGAGAGUGCGAGUGUGCUGGUGUGCUGGUGUCGCCACCUCACCCACUGUCGUCCUCCUGGGGUGCGCCAUGCUUUCUGGUGUUCUCUUGCUAUGGCCUCUGCCCUCUGUGCGCGCUACCUAGUUAUGUUGUUGUUGCGAUUGCUGUGCUGCUGGCUGACUGGUCUCUUCUCUCAUGUUGCAUCACAUUAUGUGGACAUAGAUUGAGUUUGACGCUUCUCCAUCCGGGCCCUGUGUCCGCUAGUAAAACAGAUGUUUGAUAUUUAUCGUCUUAUAUUUUUACCGUCCUCUAUACUAUAGCGUGUGCUAUCUCUGA